CUUUGAAUGAGUACGUCCUGCUGGUACAGCAGCGAGAGAUGAAAAACACGAAAGUCCUUCUCCUGGCCAUCCUGUGUCUCUCCCAAAACGCCACUUCCACUGAAAAUAAGGAACUGAAGCCUGAUAAAAGGUUUGUGGAUGGGGGGUGGAACGAGGUGGUGCGGAAGGGCUCGGCGGCGGCGACUCGCGUGGAGGCGCAGGGCGCCAUUCUAAGGGAGAAGGUGCAGCGGCUUCUGGGCAGCGGAGGGCCCGUGGACGUCGUCUUCCUGAUAGACGCCUCGUCCAGCGUCGGUCCAGACAACUUUGGUGGCGAACUCAGGCUGGUGCGCAAGGUGCUGGCCGGGUUGCAGGUGUCGGCGCACCGCACGAGGGUGGCCGUUGUCUCGUUUGCCGACGACGCCGUCACCCACGUCGACACGAUCGGCGAACCGCCGCCUGCCUUUGCUCGCAACUUCCGCCACAAGUGCUUCCUCCUUGAGAACGCACUACCCUCGGUCAGGUACAAGGGUGGUGCCACCUUCACCCUUGGAGCGCUCAACGAGGCGCAGCGCAUCUUACGGAGGUCUCGCGAGGGCACUUCGAGAGCGGUUUUCUUGUUGACCGACGGAUACUCGAACGGUGGAGACCCUCGAGGGGCGGCCCAGGUCAUCAGGGAGGAGUUGAGCGCUGAGAUUUUCACGUUUGGCGUUCGGAAUGGCAACACUCAGGAGCUGUUGGAGAUGGCUUCGUCGCCCAAUCACACCUUUGUCCUCUCCAGCUUUGAGCAGUUCGCCGCCCUCGCCAGACGUGCUUUCCACAGAGAUUUGAAAGCGGAGGACGCUUUUGAGGUGCAGGACGACCCGAGUUGCUCAGCCCUGUGUGAUGGGUCGUCCUGCUGUGACCAGAGCGCCGUCUGCACGUGCAACAUCGCCACCGGAAGGUCCACUUGUCUUUGUCCACCGGGACACUUCGGAUCUGGGCGUCCAGGAGAUUGUCACAGAUGUCCUUCCGGCACUUUUGGCGCGGAGGAAGUUUUGCAACCUGGGGGCGUGCUGGUGUCCCUUAGGUGCUCACCCUGUCCCGAUCCGAACCAGGAGACAGAAGAGGGCGCCACAAGUGUCCACGAGUGCAAGUGCAAAAACGGGUUCACUUCAACCACAGAUUCACUGCAGUGCCAAGUUUCUGAGUGUCCGGAGCUGCGGGCGCCCAAGUUUGGCAAGUUGGUGCGUUCGACGUGUCCGCGCGUGUUUAACGCUGCGUGCGGCGUGACGUGCGAGACGGGCCGGCAGCUGGUGGGUUCAAGCAUUCGGCUGUGCACGUCCAACGGCACGUGGUCGGGCGUCCCGGCCGCUUGUCGCAAGAAGAAGUGUCCAGAGUUGCGUGCGCCGUCCGAUGGCUGGAUCCGCUGCAACGGCCCUGCCGAGGUUGACGCCCGCUGCGAGCUCGGCUGCCGCGACACUUUCACCCUGCUCGGCUCCACCUUCAGAAACUGCCUUGCCAUUGGCAUGUGGGACGGACUGCCCACUACCUGCAGAGAGGUCAAGUGUCCAGCGAUCGAGUUGCCAAAGAGCGUGAGCAUCAGUCCUAGCAACUGCUCACAGGAGAAGCAGAAAAUUGGGCAGGUGUGCCGACUGUCGUGCACGCAGCCAGGGUACCAGCUGAGGGGCGCCUCCAAGAGGAAAUGUGGAGAGUUUGGGCGCUGGAGCGGCUCCAGAAUCAGAUGUGUCGACGUGGAGCCACCAAAAAUCGAUUGUCCAAAGGACAAGUUUGAGUUCCACACAGACCCUGACGCUGACUUCGCCACUGUCGCCCUUUCCCUGCCCGAGAUUGAAGACAACUCGAACGACAGGGUGCGGAUCCACAUAACGCCGACGGUGCACCUGCACAGCGGCCAAAUUCCUCUGGGCGUCACCAGCAUCGCCAUCCAGGCUACCGAUCUGGCCGGCAACUUUGCUACCUGCGCCUUCAACAUCUCCGUCAUUGACAAGCAGCCGCCGCGUGUGGAGAGCUGCGAAUCGCCUUCGCCGUUCCUGGUGCCCUCGCACAUCCACGCCGUUGACAUCACGUGGGUGGCUCCCUCCUUCACCGACAACUCAGGUCUCGAUCUCAAGGUUUUCGCGAGUCACGAAAGUGGGUCUUUGUUCACCCCAGGGGUGCACAACGUCAAUUACGUCGCCUAUGACAGCUCUGGUAAUAACGCCUCUUGCGACAUGACCAUCAUUGUCCAGAAGACAGAAUGCGAGGGUCCGUUGAACGGCGAUAAAGUGUGCAACGGCUCGGUGUGCACGCUGUCUUGCGACGAGGGCUACGACAUCGCCUUUUCCACCAACGACUUUUGUCAGAGCCUUACCAACGGCUCCUACCCGGACUGCACAAUAAUUGAUCUGCCAGACAGCAUUGAGCAAGACUUUGGCAUUGAUUCGGAGGAGGGCGAGUGUGAUGAAGAGCAAUCAAACGAUCUCAACGACCUUUUGGCGGGGGCGGUUCGAAUGGCGUGCGAUGACGAGUUUUACUGCCAUCUUGAGAAGGUGUCGAAGUGCACGGAUGCAGAGACGGACAUUAAGGACAUAGAGGAGCAAGAGUCCAACGCCAUCUCACUCAGGGUCCGCCGACAAACCACCAAGCCGACCAGAGUAAGCAAGGGCAGAAAGGGUUCUCAGGAGUUCACCAUUUCGGGAAAUCACUCGUACGAGUUCAGAAUUAAGAUCAUUGGAAAAGUAAAAGUGGCUUCGAAAGGUCUGAGGGCCGCCCUGGGGACGGUCAGGGCCGUGCUGACCUCGGGGUCAGUGACCACCAGUCAGCGACUGCCCGCUUUGGAGCUCAAGUUCUCUGAGGCUCGACUCGGCUGUCCAGCCGGAAGCGUCCUCCGCCUUAACGAUCUUUGCGUUCAAUGCCCUCGAGGGACUUUCCUUCCCGCUGGUCACAGAGAGUGCGUCGUUUGUCCCGCUGGGAAUUUCCAGCCGCGACCUGGACAGCAAAAGUGUGAGUCGUGUCCCCGAGGCACCAGCACCGCUCCCUCCAUCCUCCCAACCAAGAAGCAACACUGCAUUGACGUUUGUCCGGCGGGUUUGUGGUCAAGAAACGGGUUAGCGCCGUGCUCGAGGUGUCCCAUAGGCUCCUACCAGACGCAACCAGGUCAGCAGGGGUGCAUCCCGUGUCCUGAAGGAUAUUCCACCGCCCACAAAGGCGCCACCUCGCCGAACUCCUGCAAAGGCCUUUGUUCCGAAAACUGGAUUUCGCGGAACGGACUGGAGCCAUGCACCGCGUGUCCUGAGGGUUUCAAGCAAACGCUGCGAGGCCAACGAGUGUGCGAACACGAGUCGUGCGCCGGCAACGGCGGCCGCUGUCUCUUACCUCCUCUCUAUGCGACGCACCCUUGUGUACGGCAAAGGCCUUGUGGCCGAACGGCUGCCUGCGUGCCCGCCUCGACCACAGCCCACUCCUACCUCUGCAUCUGUCCCGACGGAUGGACAGGUGACUUUUGUGAGGAGUUAGACGAAGAUCCUUGCCUUAGCGAACCGUGCGCUAAUGGAGCCACGUGUUUGAGGUCAAGGGACAAGUUCAUCUGUCACUGCCCAUCCGGUUUCUCUGGAGACUUCUGUGAGGAGGAUGUGAACGAGUGCGAAUCAAAUCCCUGCGAGAACCUGGGCGCGUGCGUUGACCUGGCAGGGUCUUUCCGGUGCGAGUGCGUGCCAGGGUACGGCGGUGAAAGGUGUGAGCGCCUCGAGUCUGCUUGUCAGGCCCUGCAGCCGUGCCCUGCGGACGCCACCUGCCAGGAUGAAGGUCCUGACUUCAGGUGUCACUGCCCCAGAGGACGCGACGGCAACCGCUGCCUGCAGGUCGUCGAUCCUUGCGAGAAGCUGCUGUGCAAAAACGGCGGCACCUGUCUGCCCGAACCUACAACCGAAACGGGAGUGUCCCUGCGCGCCAGUUGUGCGUGCCGAGAGCCAUUCUUUGGCGAAACAUGUGAAAAGGGUCGCGGCGCUUGCAGAAACCUGCCAUGCAAAAACGGCGGCGUUUGUAGCCUUGUGCAUGCCACCCCUGGCUACAGAUGCGAAUGCCCCAAAAACUUCGCAGGAGACAAUUGCUCAGUCGCCCUAUUGGACGACGGCGUGCUGCAGUUUCAGAACGCGGGCAAUUUGCGCGACUACGUCUUGAAGGAGAACGCCAUCAACGUCUCCCUGACUGAGUUCACUCUGUGCUCGUGGUUGAGAACUAGAGACACGAUCAACUACGGGACGCCCCUUUCAUAUGCUACGCACGUCCAGGAUAACACCCUGGCGCUCACCGACUACUCAGGAUUUGUGGUUUACAUCAAUGGAGAGCGGGUGGUGACCGACGUGUCUGCAAACGACGGCAUGUGGCACUUGGUUUGUCUUCUUUGGAGUUCGCAGAACGGCUCGUGGUCCCUUUACAAGGACGGCGUCCAGGCUGAAGGCGGCCACGGUUUGGCAACCAGCACCUCCAUUCCAGGUGGAGGAACGUUGGUGCUGGGCCAGGAACAGGACACACCUGGGGGCAGUUUCAACUCGGAGCAGAGUUUCCUGGGACGCUUGGGGCCGACGGCUAUGUGGCCGACGCUGCUUUCUAAAGCGCAGUUGGCAGCAAUUUUCAACGACUGUAGCUCGACAAUAGGCGCCGCGACCGACUCGCAGUUGCGCGACUUCAGCGUCAAUGCACCUGCCCUUUGGUCCUGGCGAGAAACCCUGGCCGGAAUCAAAGGAAACCUUCAGUUGGAGCCUCCUGCGUUUUGUUCUGGCUGUCCCGAGCUGCCGACUUUGGCAAAUGGCCGCGUUUCGACCAACGGAAGCCACGCAAGCGUCGUCGCCACCUUCACCUGCGACCUGGGUUUCAGACUGAGCGGCGCUAGAUCAGCGGUUUGCACCAAACGGGGCACCUGGCAACUCAUUCAGGGCCAUGCACCCUCCUGCUUCAGGAUCAACUGCGGGACGCCGGAACCGCUGGAGAAUGGACUUGUGUUGGGUGACAGCUACGACUUCGGGGCCGUGCUGCUGUAUGAGUGUUUCCCAGGGUAUGAAAUGAUGGAGGGGGACGAGCGGCGCGAGUGUCAGGACACGGGAAGGUGGAGCGGACGACAGCCCUUCUGCACAGAGAUAAAAUGCAAGCUGCCUGUAGUGGUGCACGGCCGGCUGCACCACUUUGGCUCUUCUGAGGACUUGGGCGUCGACCAGAAGACUGCCCUGGCAGGAGAGCAGAUUGAAGUGGUGUGCGAGGGUGAACGCAGUUUGCAAGGCGAGGCUCUGCUGACGUGUCUGGAGUCGGGCGAGUGGGACUACAGGGCACCCACUUGUUUUUCGAUAUGCGACUCGUCGCCGGGGGAAAUCGCUAACUCAAAGCCGGUGCUGGUGCUGGGCGCCAAGGCCCGCUUCCAGUGCCUCCCUGGCUACACCAUCGUUGGCAACCCCCUAGUCGAGUGUAAGGGUGAGCGAUGGGGUGAGGCACCAGAGUGCCAGGCACAGGUGCGGUGGACCUGCGAAACGGCGCCGCUCAUAGAGAAUGGGCUGCUUGUGUCAUUGGUGGGCGGCAUCGCCACCUACGUCUGCGACGAAGGUUUCAAUAUGCUCCACCACGACUUCCUCAGGUGCGUUGGGGGUGAGUGGAGUCCGGAGGCGCCGCGGUGCCAGGCGGCAGGGUGCCCCCCGCUCGCACCCCUCGAAAAAGGGUCCGUCAGGGUCAAAGGGUACACAAAGGGCGGAGUCGCGGAGCACGCGUGCGACGCAGGGUUCCAACUUGUCGGGCCCAGGCUGCGCAAGUGCCUCGGACUCAAAUGGUCUGCCUUCCCUCCCUACUGCAAACCUAUCGUCACCUGAUCAGUUUUGUAAAAAUUUGUAGUUUGAUCAAUAAAUCAAAAA